AUGAAGGCUGCUACUCUCUUUACAGGUAUUUGUGCUUUGGUUGCUUCUGCUUUUGCUGCUUUGGAGAUUACCAUUCCUGACUCAUAUACCGAAUGGUACACUGGAUAUACUGGUUUGGUUCAAUGGAACAGUUCAGCAUCUGAAUUUGGUCUCUUAUGUAACAUUCAAUUGAUUGAUGUUGAGACGACCGAAGUUGUCUUCAACUUGACCAACACUUCUAUUCCUUGUUCUCUCGACAAUUACACUACCCCUAUCCUCCCAUCUUUUGACCACCAAGUAUUCACAGUUCGCAUUGGUGAGACUAACAAUGCCUCUUUGUGGUCUUAUACUGAAAACUUCGAGAUUCUUGCCCAAGAAUGUCAUGAUGAAAAUCAAGCUUAA